AUGAAGUUGCCGAGCUACAGGACGUCGUAUCUUCUUCGUUUCCACCCUUAUCCGAGAGUCAAACCAAGCCAACAUGAGAUCAUGCACGCUGUGAAUGAUAAUCUCAGCAGCGACAUUGUUGAAGACGACGACAGUGCUGGACCGGUGAUUCUCAACUUUCCUGACCUCCCUGAAGAGCAGCAUCCGCAGGAAGCCAUCGAAGUUGCCGAGAAUGGCGCCCAACCUCACGUCAGGCAUCCAAGCUUUGCAACUCUAAUCAUCGACCUUGCGAUCCUAGUUGCGAGGAAGCUAUCUUUGAAAACCAAGUAG